GUUGACCAGACUGACUUCCAUCUUUAAACCCUAUCUUAUCGCUUGUAUUUUAGUCUUUCAUUUCUAUCAAAUUCAUUUACAAUGGCUUCAUCAAUCGAGUCCUCAUUCUGGUGCUACAGAUGCAACCUAUCCAUCCGGCUCCCCACCCAAGAUUCAAUUCUCUGCCCCGACUGCGGCGGCGGAUUCAUCGAAGAAAUCGGCACCACCCGUCCCCACCACCGACUCACCGCCGCCCAUCGCACCCGUCGCCGUACCGGCGGAGACCGCUCUCCCUUCAAUCCAGUCAUCAUCCUCCGCGGUGCCACUACCGACAUAGCAUCCGGGAACUUCGAGCUUUACUACGACGACGGUGCAGCGUCGGGUCUCAGGCCUUUGCCCACUAGCAUAUCGGAGCUCUUGAUGGAUUCUGGGUUUGAACGCCUCCUUGAUCAGUUGACUCAAAUGGAAAUCAACGGCGUAAGUCGAUUCGAUCAUCCACAAGCCUCUAAAGCAGCCAUCGAAUCGAUGCCAGUAAUAAAAAUACUGAAUUCUCACGUUUCUAUGGAAUCCCAAUGCGCUGUUUGCAAAGAAGCUUUUGAAAUUAACACCGAGGCUCGCGAAAUGCCUUGUAAUCACAUUUAUCAUUCUGAUUGCAUUUUACCCUGGUUAUCAAUCCGUAAUUCGUGUCCAGUUUGUCGUCAUGAGUUACCCACCGAAACUGGAAGUGGGAGUGGGAGAAAUUCGCCGGAAUCAGAUGAGGAUACCGUUGGUUUAACGAUAUGGAGAUUGCCCGGAGGUAGUUUUGCAGUUGGGAGGUUUUCUGGAGGAAGGAGAGCAGCAGAGAGGGAGCUCCCGCUUGUGUUUACGGAGAUGGAUGGUGGAUUUAAUAAUGCGGGUUUGCCAAGGAUUAUUUCAUGGGCUCCUGCUGGGAGGAGAUCAAGAGAGAGUGGAGGAGUGGGGCGUGCUUUUCGGAAUUUCUUCUCGUUUUUCAGGAGGAUUGGAAGGCGUUCAAAUAACCAUUCUGGUCAAAGAGCAUGAAGUAGGUCUGGUAUGGUGUUGGAUAGGUUCUCCAUGAGGCGUGGUGAGAUGCUGUAGAAUGAGUCACUGAAUUGUUAUGUUGUGUCUUGGGAGUCUUUGGGUUACUUAUCUUAUUACCAAAACCAUUAAUUGUUUGUUGCUGUCCUCCUUCCUCUUAAGAAAGGGAAAACAUCUAUAUAUUGUAUGAUGAUUCAGAUUACUGUAAAUAACAAAGCUUGAGGUUGGUUUAAAUUAUGUUGAAGAUAAGAAUUUUGAGAUGGAGAUCAGUUUUCAUUCACAAGGGAGAGGGAGAAUAAGAAGACGAGGAAGAAAGUUGUGCAUUUGGAGUUGUGCAUUUGGAGUGGGUCUUUGUAGAAGUUACUGAGAACUCAAUUUGCUCUUGAUAGUUCAUGGCAAGAGGUCGGCUUGAAAAGAACCGAAGGAAGAAAACAAUUGGUGCUGUCUUGUGCUUGAAGAUCUCAAGAAAAACACCGGGUUAAAAUUGUCGUUCAGCAAAUAGUUUAUUUCUUGUAUGUUCCAUCCUCUAUAUCAUGUUCAUAUUGAGGUGGUUGUCUUCUUUACUGAUUCUUGUUACGACAUCACAUCAAAUAAAAAACCUUGUAGUUUAUUGUCAGUGGUUAGCACUGAUUUACACAUGUUAGGUAUAUCGUAUACAGUGAAAAGAAGUUGACAGAUUCUAAUAUGUUCCCUAGAAGCUCAUUUUGGCAAAGGAAGGAGAAUUAUGAUCUUCUUACACUAACCAUCUCGUGUCUAGAAGUUUAUUGCUAGGAUGAUGAAUUAAGGUAUAUAUCUUAGUGAGUACUUCCAUGAUAUUUAUGCCUUUGAAUUUGGAUUACUGCUGUUGGAGCUGUCAUGAUCUUCUUACUUGUCAUUAUUGUUUGUAUUUGUUUUGCAUAUCAGUUAUGUCAACUGCUGUUUUCAUAAUUUCUCUAUUCUUUUAUGGUGUCCUAUUUCUCGAGAAUUUGGUUCAUAUACAAUCAUGAUAAAAAAAAUUUGGUUCGAAUACAUAAGUGGGAAAUGCAAUUUUAAACAGGACUUUGGACGAAAAUGACCUAGAGAAUUGCAGCUAAUUCGGGACCUGAUUUGGCUAAGCUUAUUUCUUUUCUACUCUGCAUUAAAUGUUUAAUUCCUUUGAGGGGUUCAAAUGUUUGGGAGUCGAGCUUCGCAUAGCACUUUGCUGAGAAGCUAGUCAUGAAUGUUAUGUUGGAGAACCUUUACUCCGAGACAAACUAGGAGCACCUUUUGCUAUCCUUUCGCAAACUUUAGCGAAGGAACGGUGUUGGAAAAAUGGCAGAAUCAGCGCCUACUUUCGCACGCCCAGCGACAGGUUGUCUUUCUAGGCCUUUUCUGACUUCUUCUUCCUGUUUCUGCCGGAGGUGUAUGUCACCUUCACAGAGCUGAGAGAUACGACGCCUGGAAUUUUGAGGCAGCUUGCAAAUUUUGGAUUUUCUUUUGAGUUUUCUUGUCUCUUUUUGUUAUUUGAUUAGGAUUUUCUUUGCAAAAAUAUCUUCUCCUCGGUCUUGAUGUGUAUCCCCCCUCUUUUUAUCCCAGAUCCUUGAAAAAAAAAACUCGAAAAGUAAUAUUAAUUAAUUAUAUUGUUUUUUUCCCGACC